AUUCAGCGACACCCAGGAAGACCCAGCCAAGCUCUGCAGCCUGCUCUCCCUGCGACGGAACACGGACCGAAUCACUGCUCGACCCGCUUAGCAGGUAUGGCAGCAGAGUUGGCAAGUCUGGUGGAGCGACUGGAGGUGGCGGUUGGCCGUCUGGAGGCCGUGUCGGGCCCAGGGGCCGGUGCCGGAGGUUCUGCUGGGGGAGCCGUGGCGGCGUUCGUCGAGGCGUACGAUGACAUCAUCAACGGACCCGUGGCGCAGUACGUGGCCCUCAGCCAGAAGAUCGGAGGAGACGUCCAGAAACACGCCGACAUGAUGAAGCAGGCGUUCUCCAGCCAGAGGCGGCUCCUCGCCACCGCCUCCUCCUCCCAGAAGCCCUCAGACGCGGUUCUGACGGGCCUCCUGGAUCCCGUCUCCAAGGCCAUCCAGCAGGUCCAGGCGUACCGGGAGCAGAACCGGACCUCGCCGCUCUUCAACCACCUGUCUGCCGUCAGCGAGAGCGUCCCCGCCCUGGGAUGGGUGGCCAUGGCUCCUAAGCCGGCUCCCUUCGUCAAGGAGAUGCAGGACGCCGCCAUGUUCUACACCAACCGAGUGCUCAAGGACUACAAGGACAAGGACAAGACACACGUGGACUGGGUGAAGGCGUACGUCUCCAUCUGGACCGAGCUGCAGAACUACAUCAAGCAGCACCACACCACCGGCCUGACCUGGAGUAAAACCGGUCCCGUCGCCUCGGCCUCCGGAGCUCCGCCCAGCGCUCCUGCAGGUGGAUGUCCUCCUCCUCCCCCUGGACCGCCUCCUCCACCCGAGGAUCUGAGUGGAACCCCUGGAGUCGGUGGCGACGGCGGCGCCGGCACCCGUAACGCCCUGUUCGCCGCCAUCAACCAGGGCGCCGACAUCACCAGAGGCCUGAAGCACGUCAGCGACGACCAGAAGACCCACAAGAACCCGGGUCUGCGGAGUCAGGGCGGCCCGGCGGCGCCGGUGCGCUCCGGACCCAAACCGUUCGCCUCGGCCCCCCGCCCCGCUGCGGCGGCGGCGCCGAGCCGCGCGCUGCCUCCCGUGCUGGAGCUGGAGGGAAAGAAGUGGAAAGUGGAGAACCAGGAGGGCGCUCAGGGUCUGGUGAUCAGCAACACGGAGCUGAAGCAGGUGGUUUACGCCUACAAGUGCAACCAGAGCACCCUGCAGGUCAAAGGCAAAAUCAACUCCAUCACCAUCGACAACUGUAAGAAGAUGGGUCUGGUGUUUGACGACGUGGUCGGCAUCGUGGAGGUCAUCAACUGCAGGGACGUGAAGGUCCAGGUCAUGGGGAAGAUCCCCACCAUCUCCAUCAACAAGACCGACGGCUGCCAUGUCUACCUGAGCCAGGACUCCCUGAGCUGCGAGAUCAUCAGCGCCAAGAGCUCCGAGAUGAACAUCCUGGUUCCCAACAAGGACGGAGAGUUUACGGAGCUUCCCGUUCCCGAGCAGUUCAAGACCGUCUGGGAUGGCCAGAAGCUCGUCACCACGGCAACAGAGAUUGCUGGAUAGACGGCUCCUCCUCUUCCUCCUCCUCGCCGACGACUGACCCCGCCCACCAGCUAACGUCACACUGUAGACUGAGAUCAGACCUCAUGAGUUAACCCCGCCCCCUGCCUCCUUAUCAGCCAAUCACAGCUGCAGCUGACCCUUCAUUAGCCAAUGAGAGGGCUGCUCGUGCUUUGGAGCAGAUCCUCCAGCCAAUCAGCAGCGAAACAGCUAAAGUGAGAGCAUAGAUUAGAUUCUCAGCAGCCAAUCAGCCGCCUCUGUCAGGAUGUUUCCUCCUUUUCCAGGUUCCUGUUUCACUAUUAUGCAAUUUCCAGUUAAGGCACUUAGAAAACAGACCAAAAGCAUCAUUUCGCCUCUGCUGCUGAGUUAAAUAAGGUUUAAGCAAUCCAAGUGAGCCGGGAACAGUUAGAGCUCCAGGUUUUCCCUCCACCCCCCCUGACAUUCCUGAGUGUUAGAAACAUUCCCCGACGGAAAGCUGCACCUUUUCACCUGGAAGUCUGUAAUCAGAUCUGUAAAGAUGUGCUCUGACUUUUCUUUAUUUUUGGGUCCAAACUGAAAUGUUUUCAUCAGUGCUGAGUCAUUAAAACGUUGCAAUAACACCA